GAGGAGGCGAAAAAGAGAAAAUGGCAUAAUUCGGGGCCGCCCGAGCAAGCACGGAAGAAUCACCACGGUGGGGGUGGGGGUACGUUCAAGGCGCCGGCACCACCGGCGAAGAAGAACAAGGAUGCUCGGUGGCACGCAUCCUCCUCUCAAAAUACGGGGCCUCCUAAGUGUGCCAACUGUUCAAAGAACCACUUCGGGAAGUGCAACGCACCCCCGAGGUGUUAUCGGUGUGGGAACACGGGCCACAUGAAGGCCAAUUGCCCACAAUUGGGGGGAGGAGGAGCUCCGGGAUCCGGAGGAGGAACCACGACGGGAAGGAACCGUGCGGGGCCGUCAAACGGCGGCACGGGAAGAGGCGGCGCAUCCACAAGCCAUGCCGCAUCCGUCAACCAAGGUGGGACCCAAGCCCGAGUGUACUCGAUGACCGAGGCGGAUGCGAGAGCAAACCCGGACUCCGUUGCAGGUUGAAGCUAGGGCUUGCUACUUGCACCUUCUCACGGGUGGUAUCAAAUCAGGAAGACGUGGUUCGUGCUUCCUUAUUUUCUUUCAAACUACCGAACACUUGCUCAUGGAUAUUUGUUCUACUAUAAACUAUUUUUGGGGCUUGCAUGCCCAUGUUGUUGGCCGGUUGUGGCCUAUGACUUACCGUUGAAUAUUUUCCGCUAUUCAUUGGUUUAAAUGUGAUGUUGUUAUGUAUGUUUACUACUGAGUAUGGAUGGAUUGUUUUCUCGAACGCCUUGUGUAAUUGAGUGAGGUUGACUCGUGGGUGACGUCACUUAGUUAUACGGCGGUUGUACACGCGCUUGGAUUGCGGUCUGGGGCGUGACACAGCAACCACUAGUGAUGGAAAAACAAAAUUAAAAAAAUAUCAUUCCACAAAGUUCUUCAUGGCACGGAGGUGGUUCUAGAGGAGGACGAGCUCUACCAAUGUUUACACACUUUAGAAGAAAGCAGACAGAAACCUCUUCUCAGACAAAGCUAGUCAGGACACCAACAGAACUCCCCACAUCGAGAGUAACAAACCAUCCCUGAGCAUCAGUGCCUGGAAAAUAACUGCCAUAGAACAAAAUCAACACAACCAGAAGAGGAGAAGAAUUCAAUUGGAUCAUACCUCCACAAGAAUCUCUGAGCGAAGAUGUUAAUGGUGAUGGCUGAUCAUCCCUCUACGGCCGCCGAUUGGAGAAAAGUUGGGACGCCUCUUAGGGUUUAAAGUGGGAAGACUCUCAAACCUAGAUUGUAGUAAAUUGUACUAUUAGUCAUGUAAGUUUUAUUUUAGUAAUAUUUUUGAAAAAAAUUAUAAUAAUAAUAACAUGUACACGCUUUACAAAUUUACAAAUUACAAAUGGCACAUAUUUGCCAUUUUGGCCCGAACUGAAUCCAGCCCUAAUGAUUAUCCUA